GGUGCGUGACAAUCGGAGCUCUCUGCAAGCAUGUACGCCAAAGGCAAGAGUAGCAACGUGCCGUCCGACAGCCAAGCCAGAGAAAAGUUAGCGCUGUACGUGUACGAAUACCUGCUGCAUGUAGGAGCGCAGAAGUCCGCACAGACCUUUCUCUCAGAGAUCCGAUGGGAAAAGAACAUCACAUUAGGGGAACCUCCAGGCUUCCUCCAUUCCUGGUGGUGUGUCUUCUGGGACCUGUACUGCGCCGCGCCUGAGCGGAGAGAGACUUGUGAACACUCGAGUGAGGCCAAGGCGUUUCAUGACUAUAGUGCAGCAGCAGCUCCCAGCCCGGUCCUGGGGAACCUCCCCCCAGGUGAUGGCAUGCCGGUGGGCCCGGUUCCUCCGGGAUUCUUCCAGCCAUUCAUGUCGCCUCGCUACCCAGGUGGCCCGAGACCUCUCAGAUUACCCAAUCAGGGGAUCGGGGUCCCUGGGGGCCAGACGAUGUUAACGAGUGGGAUGGACCCCACAAGACAGCAAGGACAUCCAAAUAUGGUCGGGCCAAUGCAGAGGAUGACUCCGCCGAGAGGGAUGGUUCCCCUCGGGCCACAGAACUACGGCGGGGGGAUGAGGCCACCUCUGAAUGCUCUGGUUGGUCCGGGAAUGCCCGGCAUGAACAUGGGGCCUGGCGGUGGGAGACCUUGGCCGAAUCCUCCAAAUGCAAAUUCGAUCCCCUACUCCUCUGCCUCCCCAGGGAGCUACGUGGUACGUGCGGUUGGCCUGUUGGUUCUCUCCAUGUGUUUAAUGGGGGCUCCUGAAUGGUGUCUUCACUUUAUUAUGUCAUUAUGUUCACUCAAGGGUCCGCCGGGAGGGGGGGGCCCACCUGGUACUCCCAUAAUGCCCAGUCCAGCUGAUUCAACGAACUCCGGUGACAACAUGUACACCAUGAUCAACUCAGUCCCCCCCGGUGGAGGCCGGCCAAACUUCCCGAUGGGUCCUGGUAACGACGGUCCUCUGGGCAGCCUGGCUGGGAUGGAGCCUCACCACAUGAACGGCUCAUUAGGGUCUGGGGACAUCGACAGUCUGCCAAAGAACUCUCCCGGCAACCUGAGUAUGAGCAACCAGCCGGGGACCCCCCGGGAAGAUGGCGAGAUGGGCGGGAACUUCUUGAACCCCUUUCAGAACGAGAGUUAUUCUCCAAAUAUGACAAUGAGCGUGUGAAGGCGCCGGAUGCUGAUUGGCCAGCCGGUUUUCCAGUGGGUCUGGAGAACGCUACGCGGCGUCGGAGGGCCAA